AUGAAAGAAACGCCUACGGGAUCCUCAUCAGCACCGAGGAGUCGGCUGUCUCGGCCAUCUUCCUCUCGUGAGGUUAGUCAGGAGGAUGAGGAGGAGCAGGAGGAGGUACCUGAGGUUCACCCAGAGCACGACAACGAUGCUCAAGACGCACAGGAGGGCGGCUAUCCGGGAGUGUCUUCAGACAUGUCUGUCUUAAUAUACUAUCAUGACCAUGCCGCUCGACAUAUUUGGGACGACGAGGUUGAGUGGGUUAAUGAUGUUGUUGCUGGAUCCGGACUUGGUGGGUUAUGCUGUACCAAAUAUAUUACCAUAAGCCACGGCAUGCAGGGGGCAUUUUUCGAAAGGUGCGACAUGGAGACGUUGUCUUUCCACUUUCCUAUUGGGGAGUUGACGACCACACUGCAUGAUGUGGCCUUUCUGCUCCACUUGCCUAUCAGAGGGAGGUUAACGAAUGGGGCGCAUGUUCGAUUCUCCACCCUAAAGGAGAUUUAUGAGCACCACUUAGUAGCGGCAGCUGGGGCCGAGGAUGAGGAGGAUGAGGGUUUUGUUGAGUACCACCGAGCCUGUGCUCUGCGCAUUGGUUCAUGUUCUUGGUUGACACAUCCCUCUUUGUGGACAAAAAUGCAACCUACAUGGACAUGA